GGCUUUUUGUUUUUUCAUUAAUUAAAGUUAUUUGCUUGAAUUUUAUUUUGCGGAAGAAGACGGCCGCAAACUUCCGUUUCUGGCAACUUCAAGCGACUACGUAGUUAAAGCGAAGAACGCGUUUAGUUUCACUUCUGUUGAGCAAAGGGUUGCGUUAACAUCCAAGCAUUGUACCUGUUCUCCUGCUGCAGCCCCCGCUAAACAGUGCGUGGGUUUCUGGAAGCUUUUUCCUGAUUGGCCCACGGGCAACCAUGUCCCACAACCAACACGACCCGUUUUCGACUCAAAGAACUCAGACUGAGAAGGACCCCCAUAAGUCAUUUUCUGGCGAAAGAUUUGGCCUCAGCUCUUUUGCAGAUCAUUCACAGGCUUCAGACAGCGAUGCGAUUUCCGCGUUUGUGCACAGUUGCCGGCUAAGAGUUAGUACCAGUGACGACAUCAAUGCUUCAAAGCAAAACGAUCGUGGGCAGGACUUUCUCUCCUUGGGUGCAACAGCGAAGCCUUCCCAAGACAUUAACAGACACUCUGAUGUAGGCGAAAGCUCUGUCAGUCCCUUGUCCAAUUAUGGCCAAGCCUCCGCUGUCGCCACCUUCUCCAACUGUGAUGAACCAUCAACAUCUGAAGAAUGUUCUUCGCUUGCUGUGUCUAGCAAGGCGGACCGCUCCAUUCCAGGCCUACGUUACAGCGAGCCUGACACGGACCGAUCAUCUGAGGCCCCUCCACCCAAUGAUAUGACUGAAAUGGCCACCAACAUCCUUCUGAAAUUUGGACUUGAAAAGGAAGACUUACAACAUCUUUUCGUUUACCCCGAAGAGAAGGUCACCCCUAAGACCUUGCCCUUCAUCUUGCGCCAAAUUCGCUUUAAGAAAAUGGCUGCUGAUGCCAAUCGCUUCAAACCCUCGCCUGAACCGGGCCCCGACCGAGGCCAUGCUAGUGGGGACAGUUCGACAGGUCCAAAGGACACCCCGUCAACUCCUUACCAGUCAAGUAGUAGCAUCAAUUUCAGUAGGAUAGAGGAGGAUGUUCAGGGCAGAGCAAAAAGAGCUGAGGGUGACAAUCUACCAACAAUGGCUGAUUUGGAAAGACCUUGCUGUCAAGACCUUGGGCAGCAGGUGGGAAGAAGCUCUGUCUCGGCACCUUCUCGCUUGGAUCAAAAGACAAGUCCCAGUUCUUUCUUGACAUCUGCCUCUCCCAAAAGUCACGAUCUGGUCAAACCAACUAUUGUACAGUCCAUUUCCCCUUCUUUCUCUUUACCAAAAAAGAACACAGAUCUUCGAGACAGUAAAUAUCAAGCCCCCAAAUCCAGUGAUUUGCAACAAGUACAUCCUGUACCUAAGCCCAUAUUAAAGCCAAAACCACAUGCCCUGCAACCAAUUCUACGUCGUGCCAAUUCCAGCAGGCCAGAUCACGUGGUGCUCGGAAGAGAAUCGUCUCUUCCAAGCACCACGCGAUCAGCGUCAGAAACCAGGGGAAGCAGUGACCAGUUUAAAAACAUAGCUCCAGCUGGUGACGACAAUUCCAAAAAGCUGCAGAUACCUUCACAAAGGCAGAAUUUCAAGGAUGAACAGUCACAGAAGGAUGUGUGCACACAGAAAGCUCCUGAGGUCAAGAAGACGCAGCAGCCGCCGAGCAAUCCGCAGCAACCGAGCAAGAACCUGCCUUUGUUGCCGAACCCACCCAAACAGCAAAAUCCGGCCAAGGAUCAGCAUUUGAGCGUGAGGGCAGGUCCAUUGUGUCCAAGUUCUGGCAUUGCACAUGACCAGAAUUCGACGCAGAAGACUGUCUUCAAGGGUUUGCCUGCUGCAGUCCUGUUGCUGGACUAUGCAGCAGCCACGCCGAAGGUCUUUCCACACUUGUGUUCACUGUGUAACAAAGAGUGCGUCCAUAUGAAGGACUGGAUCUCUCACCAGAACACCAACCCUCACCUUGAAAACCGCCAAGUCCUCCGACAGCAAUAUCCAGAAUGGAAUGGGAAGGUGGUGAAGUCCUGCAAGGAUAAACCAAACAAUGAGGUGCCCCCACCAGAGGUCCAAAGUAAGAAACAUCAUCACGGAUCUGGCUCAACUUACCGAUCACGGUCAUCUUCCCGCUCCGUCACACCACGACCGCGACGCCGUCGCAGCUGCAGCGCAGAAGCUCGAAAAGAUAAGAGGCCAAAGAGAAGUACCCGAUCUCCAUCGCCUGUGAGCUCCAAAUACCAGCGCAGGUCUCGUUCCUACUCCUCGAGAUCCAGGUCUCGUUCUUAUUCCUCAAAUUCACCCGACUGUAGUCGUUCUCGCUCGAGAAGCUACGAGAGGCGCACAUCGCGGCGAAGCAAGGAUGGACACUUGCCUUCGAGAAGGAGCGGCGAAAGGCGGUCCUCCACGCGGAGGAGGUCCUCACCACGGAGCUGGCGCGAUAGGCGCUCGUCACCCAAGAGAAGCCGAGAGAGACGGUCGCCCGACAAGAGGAGCCGUGGACCGAGAGCUAUGCCGCAGAACAGCCAAGAGCUGUCAAGCAAAGCUGACAAAAGCCGAGAGAGACGGUCGCCCGACAAGAGGAACCGUGAACCGAGAGCUAUGCCACAGAACAGCCAAGAGCCGUCAACCAAAUCUGAUAGACUUGCAAAACAACUUAUGAAAACACCAGUUGUCCAGUCUUUGUCAAAGCAGACCGACUUGGAGGCUUUGGCCAAAACUCUGGCCCCCGCCUUGUUGGGAGAACUAGCCAAAAUGAAGUCAACUUCUUCCAAAGAAAGUCCUGCUGAAACAUCCACAGCCAAAACUCUGGCCCCCGCCUCAUUGGGAGAACUAGCCAAAAUGAAGUCAACUUCUUCCAAAGAAAGUCCUGCUGAAACAUCCACAGCCAAAACUCUGGCCCCUGCCUCGUUGGGAGAACUAGCCAAAAUGAAGUCAACUUCUUCCAAAGAAAGUCCUGCUGAAACAUCCACAGCCUCCACAUCUUCAGCCAACAAAAAGCCUGUGGAUGGCAACACAACAUCUGACCAGCAGAAAUUGUCCUCUCCAAAGACCGACGUUUGGUGCAAGUCAGUCAAAACCUCAGUCCCAACCAUGGUGAUACUGAAUGGAGUCAUCCGUCCUAUCGCCUACAAAGAACUUGUGACUGCUGUUGAGGUGUACGGGAAAACCAAAUCCGUCAUCCUGUUUCGCCAAAAAGAUCAGGCAAUUGUGUGUUUUGAGAGAAAAGAAGAUGCAGACAAAAUUCGGAAGGAAAGCAAUAUCAAAAUUCAAGGUUUUUCCGUGUCUGUUAAGGAAGAAAAGGAGGGUAUCUCCAGUGUACAAAAGCACAACCCUCAGAGUUUUCUUAGAGAUCCCCCUUCACUGGACAAAGUCUCUAAGACGCAACCAUCAAAAAGUACCUCUGUUGCACCUGCUGCUCAGACUGAAGCAAAGACCAUCCCAAGCAAGCCGAUAACCAAGACUGUCCAAAAGGUUCCUGAGAUGGCCAAGUUAAACCCCACCUGUGAGGACAUUCAUGUGGCUCUGAAACCCACCAGUGGUUCUGAAGCAGCACUUGUGACGGAAUCGAUGCCCCAGUGUUCCUCUGAAAAAUCAAUGUUGCAGGACGCUGCGCCCCAGCGUAGUUCGGAAAAGGCAAUAGCAGAGGUUAUUAAUCCCGUAUGUGUCACUGAAGCAGCAGCAAAGAAGAAAGUGGCACCCUCACAAGGCUAUGGGCCCAGGUUGUCAAAGGAUGCGUUACCCAAACAAAGCGCCGAUAUAUCUCUGAAGAAUGCUGCGGCUAAGUUAAAUCCCAUCUGCGAGGACAUUCGUGUGGAUCUGAAAGACGCCAGUGGUUCUGAACCAGCACUUUCGACAGAUUCGAUGCCUUCAUGUACCUCUGAACAAUCACUCUUUCAGGAGGCUGCAUCCCAGCAUAGUUCUGAAAAGGCAAUAGCAGGGGAUACUCCUCUCACACGUGUCACUGAAGAAACCGUAACGACGAAAGCGGCAACCUCAAGAGGAUGUGGGGCAGGGUUGGCAAAGGAUGAGUUACCCAAACAAAGCGCAGACAUACCUCUGAAGAGUGCUGCGGCCAAGUUAAACCUCACCUGCGAGGAAGUUAGUGUGGAUCUGAAACCCACCAGUGGUUCUGAAGCCGCACUUGCGACAGAUUCAAUGCCCUUGUGUACCUCUGAAGAAGCACUGUUUAUGGAGGCUCUGCCCCAGCAUAGUUCUGAAAAGGCGAUAGCAGGGGAGACUCCUUCCACAUGUGUCACUGAAGCAGCCAUAACGAUGAAAGCGGCAUUCUCACAAGGCUAUGCGGCAGGGUUGGCAAAGGAUGCUGUACCCCCAGAAAGCGCCAACAUACCUCUGAAGAAUGUUGCGGCCAAGUUACAACCCACCUGCGAGGAAGUUAGUGUGGAUCUGAAACCCACCAGUGGUUCUGAAGUUGCACUUGCGACAGAUUCUAUGCUCCUGUGUACCUCUGACGAAGCACUGUUGCAGGAAGCUGCGUCCAAGCAUAGUUCUGAAAAGGCAAUAGCAGGGGAGACUCCUCCCACAUGUGUCACUGAAGCAGCCAUAACAACGAAAGCAGCACCCUCACAAGGCUAUGCGGCAGGGUUGGCAAAGGAUGCUGUACCCCCAGAAAGCUCCGUUGUACCUCUGAAGAGUGUUUCGGAACCUUUACUCAACUUUGAUGAGGCUGCAACAAUAGAUCUGGUGGAAAACCGUGACGCUGAUCUAGCGUUGAAGGAUGAAGCAGCAGGCUACUGGAUAAAUGCUUGUCAAUCUCUGCACAAUUCUGAUGUCACGCUAACCAUUGGGGAGAGGAUGUGUGAAUUUCUGCUUCCGGACCAAAUUGCGGUACUCGGAGAUGAACUCACCAACCUCGAUAGUAAAAAAUUUUUGGAAAAUUCUAGACAGCUGGUCAUCUUCAACCUGCCCGUUGAUCAGCACAGCUACUGCGUGCAAGAAAUUAUCCAGUUAUUCGAGCCGUUUGGCUUUCAUUCCUCAGCUGACAAGAUCUAUGUUUUUCCUCAUUCAAGGAUGGCAUUUGUUGAGCUGAUGGAAGUGAAGGGAGUGGUUGCUGCCAUAGAAGCCUGUAAAACCGAUAAACUAACUCUUAAAGAUCAGAAGUUGGAAGUGCGUGUCCUGACAGACAAAAUCCCAAUGUGGCCGAGAGGCUUCUAUCAAUGGGUGAUGAAUUGGGCGAAUUUUCCUGUGGAGAAGGACUGCCCAGGAACCAUCUUCAUCAAAGGGAUCACACCAAGUGAGACGGCGAGUCUCCGUGAAGCUUUGCGGAAAAUUGGCGGUGUCAAAAAUUUUCUGCCGCUCCACAACAAGGUCUUUGUAGAAUUUGAGUCUGAAAUAUCUGCUGAUCGCAUAGGAGUUUGGUACAUGCUUCACGAUCAAUGUCCUGCCUAUCAAAUAUACAGGCUUGACACCCCUCGAGCCAUUUCAUUCACACGACAAAUGUUUCCUAAAGAAGCCAUGCCAGAUUUGACAUUUGCCGGUGCAACUGUUGAGACCUGUACAUUUGGCGUUCCUGAAUUUACCUCGUCCCCGUUUUACCUGACAAUGAGGACAAAACCCUACUUGUUCUUAACCGUUUCCCCAUGGUUCAUAAUCCCCAAGUUCCUGACCGUCAAAAAAGAAGGCGACAUUAAAGAGGCCAGGCAGCUUGGUGCGUCGCUAACAAUCAUGUUGACCAAUUUGCCUGAAGAUUCAUUCAAACACGAAGACGUAGCCAAGCUUGCGUGGCCAUAUUUUUCUCAGAAGGAUCUUCGGUCUCUGUACUACAAUGUGAUUGUGCUGCCGCUCCAAAGGAGGGCCUUUGUGCAUUUCAGUGAUUGGGAUGCGUGUUGCCGCUUUGUCCGCUACCACUUGGGUGUUCGUAAAUUUUGGCUGAACAACCAUUGUCUUGAGCUGCACUUUGUCCUGCAACCCAUGUGUGCUCAAAACACAGAGGAGAACAUGUACAGGUCGCUGAUGCAGCUAAGCAACUCUCGCAUCGGUGAGGUGGAGUCCCUGGCCGAACGCCUACUAUGUGUGGAGAUCGGUUUGUACCGAAAAGAAAUCAUUCGACAUCUUCUACAUUUGAUCUCCAGCCAUGGCGAGGUCGUCAACUUCCUCCCAUUGGCCAACCGGCUAUGCAUCGAGAUGGCCGACUCAGUGGGAGUUUCUCGCGUGCUGGAGGAAUCCAAACAUUUUCAGAGACACGCCCUAGCAAGGGAAGCAGGUUCCUGUAAGGUCACUCAAAAGUUUGAGAGCAUUGAAAGUCUGAACAGGCGCCUUCAGGAACCAACUACGUUAACAUUAGAUCUCAAGGAGGACUGUAUGAACAGGAGCAAACUGAGGGUGGGCCCUGCACCUCCUGCUACUCCAUCAAUUAAGUCUGAGCUUGUGUCAGACUCACAGGAGGCCAGCCCAUCUGCUUUCCCAACCCUUGUGGGAGAACUGACAGUGGGCCCUGCGCUUCUUGCCGCGACAUCAAUUGAGUCUGAAGAACCAACAAAGGAGCUUGUGUCAGACUCACAGGAGGUAGCAAUGGUGGCCAGCCCAUCUACUCUACCAUCCGCUGUGGGAGAACCGACAGUGGACCCUGUGCCUCCUGCCGCUCCCUCAAUUGAGUCUGAACCACCCACAAAGGAGCUUGUGUUAGACUCACAGCAGGUAGCAAAGGUGGCUGAAGAUGCCUGUAAGAAAACAGAAAGUUGUCCAUCUCUCCACGAUUCUGAUUUGGCGCUCACCAUAGGGGAGAGGAUGUGCCAAUUUCUGCUUCCACACAAGAUUGAGACACUCAGACCAAACAACCUCCACCAAAAAAUAUUUGCGGGAAAACAUAGGCAGCUGUUAAUCUCCAACCUGCCCGUUGAUCAGCACAGCUACUGCGUGCAAGACAUUAUCCAGUUAGUCAAGCCGUUUGGCUUUGAAUCCUCAGAUGAUAGGAUCUACGUUCUUCCUCAGUCAAGGAUGGCAUUUGUUGAGCUGACGACAGAGAAGGGAGUGGUUGCUGCCAUGGAUGCCUGGAAAACCGAUAAGCCAACUCUCAAAGACCAGAAGUUGGAAGCGCGUGUCCUGGGUGGAAAAGUCCCCAUGUGCCCGAAACGCUUCUAUCAUUGGGUGAUGAAGCAGAUGAAAUUUCCUGUGGAGGAGAGAUGCCCCAGAACCAUCUCCAUCAAAGGCAUCACACUAAGCGAGAUGGCGAGUCUCCGUGAAGCCUUGCGGAAGAUUGGCGGUGUCAACAAUUUUCUUCCGCUCCACAACAAGGUCUUUGUAGAAUUUGAGUCUGAAAUAUCUGCUGAUCGCAUAGGAGUUUGGUACAUGCUUCACGAUCAAUGUCCUGCCUAUAGCAUAUACAGGCUGGACAAUCCUCAAAGUCUUUCAGUCACAGCACAAAUGUUUCCGAAUGAAGCCAUGCCUGAUUUGGCAUUUGCUGGGGCAGCAGUUGAGACCUGUGCAUUUGGCAUUCCUGAACUCACUUUGCCCCCAUUUUACCUGACAAUGGGGAAAAAACCCUUUCUGUUCUCAACUGUUUCCCCAUGGUUCAUAAUUCCUGAGUUCCUGACCGUCAAAAAAGAAGGCGACAUCAAAAUGGCCAGGCGGCUUGGUGCGUCGCUGACAAUCAUGUUGACCAAUUUGCCCGAAAAUUCAUUCAAACAUGAAGAGGUAGCCAGGCUUGCGUGGCCAUAUUUUUCUCAGCAGGAUCUUCGGUCUCUGUACUACAAUGUCAUAGUACUGCCGCUCCAGAGGAGGGCCUUUGUGCAUUUUAGCGAUUGGGAUGCGUGCUGCCGCUUCGUCCGACACUACUUGCGUUUUCGUACGUUUAGGGUGAAGGACCGCAAGCUCGCGCUGCACUUUGUCAUGCAGCCCAUGCCUGCUCAAAACACAGAGGACAACAUGUACAGGUCGCUAAUGCAGCUAAGCAACUCUCGCAUUGGUGAGGUGGAGUCCCUGGCCGAGCGCUUACUAUGCGUAGAGAUCCGCUUCUACCUAAAGGAAAACAUCACACAUCUUCUACAUUUGAUCUCCAGCCAUGGCGACAUCGUCAACUUCCUCCUAUUAGCCAACCGGAUAUGCAUCGAGAUGGCCGACUCAGUGGGAGUUGCGCGAGUGCUGGAGGAGUCCAAACAUUUUCCACCAAUGUUUCAGAGACACUGCCACCCACAGAAAGUAAAUUCCUGGAAGGUGAUGUUUGAGAGCAUUGAUAGCCUGAACUGGCGCCUUCAGGAUCCAACUGUGUUUACAUUGGAUCGCAAUGGGAACCGUGAGUACAGGAGCAUGAUGGCCGGCUACACCCCGGCGCCUACUGCAGCUCCAUCAAUUGACUCUGAAAAACCCGCAAAGGAGCACGUGUCAGAGUCACAGGGGGUAGUGAUGGUGACUGAAAAGGACUAUGAGAAAACAGAAUGUUGUCCAUCUCUGCAUGAUUCUGAUGUGGGGCUUACCAUAUGGAACAGGAUGUGGAAGUUUCUGUGUCCACACAGGACUGUGGUACUCAGACGCACCAACUUCCAUAGAAAAAUAUUUGCGGAAAUGAAGACGCAGCUGGUAAUCUCCAACCUGCCCGUUGAUCAGCACAGCUACUGCGUGCAAGACAUUAUCCAGUUAGUCAACUCGUUUGGCGUCGAUUCCUCAGUUGAUAUGAUCUAUGUUCUUCCUCAAUCAAGGAUGGCACUCGUUGAGGUGACGAAACAGAAGGGAGCGUUUGCUGCCUUCAAUGCCUGGAAACCCAAAAUGCUCAGUCUCAACGAACGGUGGUUGGAAGUGCGUGUCCUGAGAAAGAAAGUCCCAAUGUGGCCGAGAGGCUUCUAUCAAUGGGUGAUGAAGUGGACGAAUUUUCCUGUGGAGGCGAAAUGCUCCAGAACCAUCUUCAUCCAGGGCAUCACACUGAGUGAGACAGCCAGUCUCCGUGAAGCUUUGCGAAAGAUUGGCGGUGUCAAAAAUUUUCUGCCGCUCCACGACAAGGUCUUUGUUGAAUUUGACUCUGACAUAUCUGCUGAUCGCCUUGGAGUUUGGUACAACCUUCACCAUCCAUGUCCUGCCUAUAGCAUAUACAGGCUGGACGUCCCUGAAGGUGUUUCAGUCACACCACAAAUGUUUCCGAAUGAAGCCAUACCUGAUUCGGCAGUUGCCGGGGCAACUGUUGAGACCUGUACAUUUGGCAUUCCUCACCUCACCUUGUCCCCUUUUUACCUGACCAUGAGGGCAAUACCCUUUCUUUUCUCCACUGUUAACUCAUGGUUCAUAAUCCCCGAGUUCCUGACUGUCAAAAACGAAGGCGACAUCAACGAGGCCAGGCAGCUUGGUGCGUCGCCAACAAUCAUGUUGACAAAUUUGCCCGAAGAUUAUUUCAAACACGAAGAUGUAGCCAAGCUUGCGUGGCCAUAUUUUUCUCAGAAGGACCUUCGGUCUCUGUACUAUAAUGUGAUUGUGCUGCCGCUCCAGAGGAGGGCCUUUGUGCAUUUUAGCGAUUGGGAUGCAUGCAGCCGCUUCGUCCAGUGCCACUUGGGUGUUCUUACGUUUAGAGUGAACGGCCGCCGGCUUGGGCUGCACUUUGUCUUGCAGCCCAUGCCUGCUCAAAACACCGAGGAGAACAUGUACAGAUCCCUGAUGCAGCUAAGCAACUCUCGCAUUGGUGAGGUGGAGUCCCUAGCCCAGCGUCUACUUUGCGUAGAGAUCAACUUGUCCCACAAAGGCAACAUUAGACUUCUUCUACACUUGAUCUCCAGACAUGCUGAGGUUGUCAACUUCCUCCCAUUGGCCAACCGGAUAUGCAUUGAGAUGGCAGACUCGGCGGGAGUUGCGCACGUGCUGGAGGAAUCUAAACAUUUUUCAGUCAGUCCAAGAUUCAGCAGCGCAUGGAAAGCUAUUCAAAGGUUUGAGAGCAUUGAAAGCCUGAACCGGCGUCUUCAGGAUUCAACUGAUAUUACCCUGGAUCUUGGGGAGGACAGUAAGGACAGAAGCCAUGCGGCUAACCCACCUGCUGCAGGCGAACCGACAAUAGACCCUGGGCCUACUGCCGCUCCAUCAGUGUACUCAGAGCAACCCAUAGCGGGGCUCAUGUCAGAGUCGCAGGGGGUAGAAAUGGCUGAUGAAGAGGAUUGUCAGAAAACAGAAUGUUCAAAUGAUAGGGAGCCCACUUCCAUUCCCGAGGUUCAGGACGAUGAAGAUAACGUUUCGGAAAAGGUGGAAGAUGGGCAACUGUCAGCUUCAGCCUGUGCUUACAAUGAGACCUUCCUAAUUACAGUUGGCAGUAAUGGUGCGAGAGUUGUACAGAGGGAAGAGGCUCUCCCUGUUCAAGACACGUUACUCCUCGGUAAAGAUGAAACCCUUGUGAAACGUGAAGACGCAUUGGUGGAAAACAACAAUGUCGAUCUUCUUGACCAGCAACCCUUUGACAUUGAUGACUUUGUCACAAUCAGUCAAGUUGGUUACCAGGAGGACAGCAGUGGUGAAGCCCCCUCUCAUUCUAAGAGACCUUCUUUCCCUCCUGAUUCUAAACAGAACAAAACAAGAGCCUCAAAAGAGUCUAAGAACUCUAAAUCAUCUUCUUCAGCUUCCUCAAGGACCACCAGAAGCUCAUCAAGAAAGAGCCUCUCUUCAGGGAAUGUGUCUUCACCUGUUAGACACUCCACCAGGGCCCAAAGUAAAGCCAAAAAAUCAAAGGACUCAUCCAAGGAAUCUCAAACACAUCAGACUCCCACUACUUGCAAAGAAGAGAAUUUGCAGAUGGUACUGGGUGAUGACCAGAAACCUCUUUCAGAUGAGAAACUUGAUGUAUCAGAAGAUGACCACCCUGAACUGCAAGAAGUUUCUAAGCAGGGGAACAUUAGUCAAGUUGCAAACGCUGAAAAAGAGCAGAUUGCGCCAGUUGACGCACCAAACCUUGAAGAGCACAAUGAGAGCCAAAGAGGAAAGGAGAUGGCUGACGUGAUGAAAGAUGUAGACAAAGAGCAAAUGGCAGAGUCCCGCUCAGCAAUGAGGGGUGUGGUUGAGGAUCAACCCUCAGUCGACUUUGACAGUCAUCUCAGAGAGGUCAAGGAACACACCGCGUUCUCGGAACAUGAAGACAAUGAGGAAGAAGUAGAUGCAUACCAGGAGAUUGAUUCUGUGGAGGAUCAGCCAGCUUCCACAGACAAUGAGCAGAGUGUCACAGAAGCAUCUAAGACUCAAGAGCGUAAAGAGUCUCCAAAGAAGCAGAAGCGCAUCACUGCCAAAACUCCUGAGCCUGAGAAGAACCUCGUGGUCGAUUCUAGUAACACUCCUGUGCUUGGUAGGAGGCGGAGCACCCGGAAAGGAAAGAUGAUUGACAUGAAAGAAGAUGUAGACAAAGAGCAGAUGGCAGAGUCCCGCUCAGCAAUGAAGGACGUGGUUGAGGAUCAACCCUCAGCAGACCUUAACAGUCAACUAGGAGAGGCCAAAGAAGACUCAACUUUCUCGGACCGUAAAGACAAAGAGGAAGAACCAGAUGCAUACCAGGAGAUUGAUUCUGUGGAGGAUCAGUCAGCUUCCACAGACAAUGAGCAGAAUGUCACAGAAGCAUCUAAGACUCAAGAGCGUAAAGAGUCUCCAAAAAAGCAGAAGUGCGUCACUGCCAAAACUCCUGAGCCUGAGAAGAACUUCGUGGUCGAUUCUAGUAACACUCCUGUGUCUGGUAGGAGGCGGAGCACCCGGGGAAUGACACAAGAGCAAACUGCCAAAAUAAUAGUCCAAGACUCUCUGGAAGAGGAUGCAUGCAUGACCACGAGGGCUACUAGAAAAAGAGGAAGGCCACCUAAGAAAGGCACAACUAGUGAAGAAGAAAAAACUGUUCAAAAAUUGACAACUGCUUCGAGCACAUCAGCUGAAACUACAAAGAGAAAAACAUCAAUCAAGAAAAUGGAGGUUGUCGUCAUAGAGAAACCCACCAAUGAGAUUCAAGAACGAAUUAAGGAUCCAGCUCCAAAAAGAAAAGCAAGAAAGGGAAGACCUAGGAAAGGUGUGAAAAGGAUGAAAAUAAAUAAAAAGGACACAGCUGCUGAGAAUCAAGAAGCAGCAGCGACGUUUGAGGUAUUGGACUCUUUGGAGGAUGUGACAUCUACUGAGAAGAUGCAGAGUAGUCUGAAAAGGGAAGACAGGAUUUCUCCCGAAAAGCUAGAGGUUGAGGAGGAAGCGACAUACCAAUUGAUCGACUCUUUGGAGAAAGAUCCAACUAAAGAAGAGACAAGUGCCACUGAAGUUUGUGGGUCAGGAAAGACUGGGACACCACAAACUGAAUUGUCAGACAUAACUGCAAGAUGUGAAAACAAACUAGAGGUUGACAUUAAAGAGCCAUCUCAAACAGAAGCCAAGACACAACAACACCCCAACAAAGAUGACACACCGCCUGUGUCAAGCGCUCCGACACUGGGACACGUUGAAGAGGACAUCUUGAUAUGUGGCAAUGCGAAGCAAAGCCGGACAGAUCAUGAGAGGAUCUCGACCAGUGAGGACCUCAAAAAGACUGAAGAGGUAGCGUCACAUGACACUCCUUUGGAGGAUGAUGAAAACAAGGACGCCUUAUCUGCUGGACAGGACUCGCAAGCUUCACUGGAAAUACUGGGUAAAGGUAAACGGAUGGGAGAGCUCGUUUCACCAGCAGUGAAACGACCACGUUCAGAGUCUCCGUUUCACCCCGCUGCUUUUGGACUGCCGCCCUUUAAUCCCGAUAUUGCCCAAGGUACCGAGUUUGUCAAACCCAAAUCAGGUUUUUUCUGCGAAGUCUGUUCCAUCUUUUACCUGCAAGAGAGUACGGCCAAAGAGGUCCACUGCAAAAGCAGGAAGCACUACAACAACCUGAAGAAACAUUACAACAAGUGUGAAAAGGAUUCAAGUGCAUCCACUCAAGGCAACGCCAUGUCUGACUGAUGAUUUUCGUUGACUCAAAUGUUUCCAUUUCCAAUUUUUUUUUUUUUGGUACAAAAACCCCCCGAAGAUUUAGGCAAGUUUAUACCGCAGGUCUUAAUGCACAGUUCAGAUUUUUUGGUUAUAUUUUUUACAUUUCUCCAUAAAAUCACAAUCAAAUGUGAUCUGAUCUGUCAAAAUCACACAGAUGAAAAAACAGUGUCUGCUUUAACUUAAACCACCCAAUGACAGAAGGCGGAAAAAUAGGUGAGUGAACCCUCUGACUAAAGAAGACUUAAAGAGCAAUUGAAACCAAUUUUUACCAAUUUAAGUCAGGUGUGUGCCCAAUCACUGAUGAGUGGAUUAACCCCUUCUAGCCUAGUGUAUCACAUUUGAUACACUCAGAAUUUAAUUAUUUUGAGACUAAUUUAGAAUUUUGAAAUUAAAAAAAAAUUAUGGAUGCAAGUCAACACAUGCAUCUGCAGGUUCCAUGAGAGAAAAAAAAAAUCUGGAUUUAGCAAGGGUUAUAGAUAUUAGAACGCUUAUUACACAUAUUCAUUUUCAUUUUUCUCCAAAUCUGAAAAAAAUACCAUUCGGACCCUACUUUUUAAAUUUUGGGAUUUUCUGACAAUUGCUUCAUGUUGCAGGCAUUAUGGGGUUAAAGCUGCCCUGCCCACUAUAAAAUACACACCUGGUAAGAAUUGGCUUGAUGACAAGCAUUGUCUGAUGUCAUUAUGGUUCGGUCAAACUAGCUGGCUGAAGAACUACUAUCAAAGAUUGUUGAUUUGUAUAAAGCUGGGAAAGGACACAAAACCAUCUCGAAAAGUCUGGAUGUUCAUCCAUCGACAAUCAGAAAAGUUGUCUACAAAUGGACAGAGUUUGGCACUGUUGUUUCUCUCCCAAGGAGUGGCCGUGCACCAAAGAGUUGAGCGCAGAAUACUCUGAGAGGUAAAAAAGAACCCCAGAGUGUCUGCUAAAGACUUACAGAAAUCACUGGCACAGUCCAAAAUCUCUAUGUAAAACAAUGGCCAAGAAUGAAUUCCAUGGAGGAAGCUACUGCUGUCUAAAAAAAACAUUGUUGCUCGUCUAAUGUUCGCAAAAUGGCACUUGGACACUCCACAGACGUUUUGGCAAAAUAUUUUGUGGACUGAUGAAACCAAAGUUGAAUUAUUUGGGAGUAACACUUGUGGAGAAAAAAUAGAACAGCUCGCCAUCAUCAACACCUCAUCCGCACCGUGAAGCAUGGUAGAGGGAGCAUUAUGAAAUGGGGCUGUUUUGCUACCUCAGGGCCUGGACAACUUGCAGUCAAUAAUGGACGAAUGAAUUCAAAAGUUUUGCAGGAAAACCUGAGGCAGUCUCAAACAGCUGAAGCUAAAAAGAGGAUGGAUGCUGCAACAAGACAAUGAUCCAAAACGCAGAAGUAAAUCAACUUCAGAAUGGUUUCAGAAGAACAAAAUACACGUUGUGGAGUGGCCAAGUCAAAGUCCAGACUUGAUCUAUUGAGAUGCUGAUGCAUGACCUAAAGACAGCGAUUCAUGCCAGGCAUUCCAGGAAUCUGACUGAACUACAGCAGUUUGAAUGGGCCUGAUCAAUGUGUCAGACUGUUCUGCAGCUACAAGAAGCGUCUGGUUGAAGUUAUUGCUGCCAAAUGUGUUGGUUCACUUACUUAUUUUUCCCCCUUCUGCUAUUGUUUGCAUACUAUCCUCAUUAAAAUAUGAAAAUCUAUAAAUGUUUGGGUGGUUUUAGUUAAAGCACUGUUUUUUCAUCUGUGUGAUUUUGACAUUUGAUGGUGAUUUUAUGCAGAUAUGUGAGAAAUUCCAAAAGAUUCAGAUACUUUUUUAUACCACUGUAAUUGCUGCAUGGAUACCGAUUUGGGAGACUUGACAGUUCAGACUCGGAUUUGUGUAAGUGACCUACUGUAGAUUGGAUUUGAAAUGGCCGACUUUUAUGUCACCACUACCGUUCGGACCGUCAAAUUAAUGCCUUACCCGAGUUGGAAAAACAUGACAAAAUCGUAAACCUAGCCUUACAACAGUUUUUUUUUUUUUAAAUUCUGGAUUAGGCCUGCAUGAUAUAUCGUUUGAAUAUCACAAUCACAAUAUGUGCAUGUGUGAUAGUCCCAUAACUGUACUUGCAAUUUUUCUUUUUUUUUUUUUAACACUCUUUGUGACUAUGACGAGACUAAAACAUGACGAACUUUAUGCCAGUAUUAACCUGACGAGACGAAAAUGCACAAUAAUUUCCGUCAUAUGUUCACAAUAUGACAUUUGCCAAGUAGUUAGUGACAUACUGCAACCUUUCCACUCACUUUUCCAGUUCUAAUCUCGCAAUAUAUAUCGCAAAAUCUCAAAAAGUCGCAAUAUCAUUUUUGUUCCAAUAUCGUUCAGCCUUAUUCUGGAUUCUUUUAUUUUUUUAUAAUAUGCAUAAAAAUAUUUUGUUAUGAUUUCUGUGUCUACACCAGGAUCUCAUGAAUUUGGGAUUUAGAUUGAUGUUGGUUUAAUAAAUGGUUUCAGUAAAUAAAACCUUUUCGGUGUUGAA